AUGAACUCUACCAUUCUGCAGAGCCUCGUGGCGGUGCAGUCGGCGGAGCCCGCACGCCGCUUAUCCUCCGAGACCGCGGCGGCGCUCCAUGCACCACUGCCGGCGCUGCACCAGACCCGAUCCGCCCCUCCGGCGCCGACCAAGGACCGCCUCGAGCUCCGGCCGCUGCCGACUCCCGCCGAUCCUAGCGGCCCGGCCGACGCUAUAGCAACAGCCGCGCCGCUGCCGCUCCACGACGACCUAGAGAUGAUGAGUCGCCCCGGCACGCCCGACGACCCGCCGGCCGACGCCGCCGUCGUCGUGCCCACCGUCUGGGAGCCGUACAUGAACCGCUUCCGGCUUCUCCUGACCUGCGCCACCGCUCUCGCCGAGGGCAUGAGCGACAGCGCCGCCGGCGCCCUCAUCCCCUACAUGGAAAAGUACUACGACAUUGGCUACGCCCAGGUUUCGCUCAUCUUCGUCGGGCAGGCGCUCGGAUUCGUCGUCGCCGCGCUGUUCCUCGACAGCCUGCGGCACUCCCUCGGGCACGCGCGCACGCUCGGCCUCGCGCAGGCGCUCAUGGCGCUCAGCUACGCGCCCAUGAUCGCCGGCGCGCCCUUCCCCGUCGUCGUGCUCGCCUUCUUCGCCGUCGGCUUCGGCAUCGCCGUCAACGUCGCCAUCGCCAACACCUUUUGCGGCAGCCUCGCCGGCGGCACCUUUGUCCUCGGCUGCAUGCACGGCUGCUACGGGCUCGGCGGCGUCUCCGGCCCGCUGGUCGCCACCAGCAUCGUCGCCGCCGCCGGCGCGCCCUGGACGCGGUACUACGUGCUCACCGCGGGUGUCUUUGCGCUGAGCGUGGGCGCCGCGCUGUGGGCGUUUAAGGGAUACGACGCGGAGCUGCAGCACGGCGGUGGUGGCGCGGCGGCGACCACCCGGAGAGAGGCGCUCUGGAGCAUGUUUGGCUCGAUGCGGACGCGCCUGGUGCUGCUUGGCGCCACGUUCAUCUUCUGCUACCAGGGCGCCGAGGUAUCCAUCUCGGGCUGGGUCAUCUCGUUCCUCAUCUCGGCGCGCGACGGCACGCCCGCGUCCGUCGGCUACGUGACCGCGGGCUUUUGGGGGGGCAUCACGCUCGGCCGGUUCCUGCUGGUCGCGCCCGCGCAGCGCGUCGGCGAGCGGCGCUUCGUCUACGGCCUGGUGAUCGGCGCGCUCAUCUUCGAGCUGCUCGUCUGGCUCGUCCCCAACGUCAUUGGCAACGCCGUCGCCGUGUCUAUUGUGGGCGUCCUGCUCGGGCCGGUCUACCCGUGCGCAAUGUCGGCGUUCCUGCGCGGCAUGGCGCCGAGGGAGACGCUCAGCGGCAUGGGCACCAUCAGCGCAUUCGGGAGCAUGGGCGGUGCCGUCUGGCCGUUCAUCGUAGGGUUGAUCGCGCAGGCGGUUGGUACGUGGGUGCUGCACCCGAUUGUCAUCUUCUUGUUCCUUUGCAUGCUGCUAUGCUGGUAUGGCAUCCCGGAGCCAAAGAGACGAAACGAGUAA